GCGCUGCCCGGGGAGCCGCCGCGGGACGGGCGCCGAGCCGCCGCCGCCGGCGGAGCGCAACUGACUUUGUCAGCAGAGUUGACACCUAUGCCUGGAGUAGCAGAUUGUGCUAAGCCCACUGCAUAAGAAGACAUCUCUGUCUAUCUUCAUGUGCAGCUGCUAAGAGAAGUCUGCUGCAUUAUCUCUGGUAUAGCUGCAAGUAUGACUUGACUGAUUUGCAUUCAUGGCUCUUGGAUGAUCUGAUGAACCAUGGAGCUCAAAGUAUGGGUGGAUGGAGUCCAGAGAAUUGUGUGUGGGGUCACCGAAGUCACAACAUGCCAGGAAGUUGUAAUAGCACUUGCUCAGGCUAUUGGUCGUACCGGGAGGUACACGCUCAUCGAGAAAUGGCGGGACACGGAGAGGCACCUGGCACCCCACGAAAACCCCAUCGUGUCGCUGAACAAGUGGGGGCAGUACGCGAGCGACGUGCAGCUGAUCCUGCGCCGCACCGGGCCCUCUCUGAGCGAGCGGCCGACUUCGGACAGCGGCCGCAUCCCGGAGAGGACUCUGUACCGGCAAAGUUUACCUCCCCUGGCCAAGCUGAGACCUCCCAGUGACAAAUCCAUGAAGAGGAGGGAGCCAAAAAGGAAAUCCCUCACCUUCACCGGGGGGGCCAAAGGGUUAAUGGACAUCUUUGGGAAAAGCAAGGAGUCCGAGUUCAAGCAAAAGGUGCUCAACAACUGUAAAACAACAGCAGAUGAGUUGAAGAAAUUGAUCCAUCUCCAGACGGAGAAGCUUCAGUGCAUUGAGAAACAGCUGGAGUCCAACGAAGCCGAGAUCCGCUACUGGGAACAAAAGUAUAACUCCAGCCUGGAAGAAGAGAUCCUCAAGCUAGAGCAAAAGAUCAAAAGGAAUGAAGUGGAGAUCGAAGAGGAAGAGUUCUGGGAAAACGAGCUGCAGAUUGAACAGGAGAAUGAAAAACAGCUGAAGGAGCAGCUGCAGGAGAUGAGGCAGAGGAUCCUGGAGUGUGAGAGCAAGCUGAAGGACUACAUGUCUCAGAUCCACAACAUGGAAAGUGGCCUUGAAGCAGAGAAGUUGCAGCGGGAAGUUCAAGAGUCCCAAGUGAAUGAAGAAGAGGUCAAGGAAAAGAUCGAGAAGGUGAAGGGUGAAAUUGAUAUUCAGGGACAACAGAGUCUGAGAUUGGAAAAUGGUAUUAAAGCUGUAGAAAGGUCUUUGGGCCAAGCUACCAAACGGUUACAGGACAGGGAACAAGAACUGGAGCAACUGACAAAGGAGCUGCGACAGGUCAAUCUCCAACAGUUCAUCCAGCAAACAGGAACGAAGGUCACAGUGCUGCCAGCAGACCCCGUUGAGGUGGAGGCCCCGCAUGUGGAGCUCGAGAGAGAGCCAACAUUUCAGUCUGGGUCACUGAAGCGCCCUGGCUCAUCGAGGCAACUCCCCAGUAACCUUCGGAUUCUACAGAAUCCCCUGUCGUCUGGUUUUAACCCGGAGGGCAUUUAUGUAUGACAGUACAUACCUCUUCUGGAGAGGACCUAGCAAGGUACCCUGGACAAGAUACACUUUUGUUUUAUUCUGCCAACGAUGAAAGGAAGAAGAUUU